UUCUGCGUUGGUGUGUGUAACUAGAUAUAACUAGAUAGUCUACUGAUAACUCAUUUAAAAAUCUCUAUCCAGAAAUAUUAGUAUUUUGUUGAUUCUCAACCAUUUACAGACUUGAAAGUGUAGUGAGCCUUUUAAAGCAAACAGGUAUUAGGUUUCUAAAAUAUGACAAUUGUCUGACAGAAUAUGAUGUCCACAGUAAUAACAUGCCAAUGAAAUUUGGAACUGAAAUGAGUGAUGUGGGAAAGCUGGAAAGGUCUGCGUUCAACUCUUACUGCUAACCCCUUAGAUAUGCACUGUAGGAUAUGCACUGUGCUUUCACCACAAUUUCCUCAUUUUAAUUUGUUAUAUUCUGUUUAACUUGUGAGGUAUCAUAGUAUUUUUCCACAGGUGUUCCCUGAGGCGUUGGUUGCUAUGGCUCCCUUCCUGCUCACGGUGGUUACGAAUUUAGCCCUCUCAUUUUCCAGAUAGAUUUGCAUCCAAGGCAACAGUUGAUAAUCUACCUGUCAUCUUCAGACAUGAAAGAGAACAUAUUAAAUGGGUUUCUAUUAUGCUGUCUGCAACUAAAAGUUGUUCAAAGUGAAUAUUCUACGGUCCUCUGGACAGUCUUCUGACUAUAUUGUCUGUUGUUUGUAAGUACUGUAACAAGUUAUGACGCAAGGCACAUUUCAGUGAAAACGUAAUAUUAAUCUUAAAUGCUUUGUGAAUUUCACCAGGUUCAUAUACCAUGUUGUAAAGACACAAGACCCCAUUCUAUGGGAACCAAUCCCUAAACAAGUUCCAACUUCUGUGGAAUCUAACUGUUCAGGAGUUGAUUUCACUAAUCAUCUGGGCUAUGAGGUUCUGAUUCAGAGACUAUGUGAUGGCAGGCGGAUGUGCAAAGAUGUGGAGGAACUGCUGAAGAUGAGGGCCAUGGCAGAAGAGAGGUAUGGGAAGGAUCUGGUGACAAUAGCACGUAAAGCUGGGGGGCAGACAGAGAUCAGUUGGCUCUGCAGGAGGCGUCUCAGGACUUGGCGGACGUGCAGUAUGUGUUCCGGAAGGGUUUUGGAGAAGAUCAGGAUGUCAUUGAGCACUCUGAAAGCCUCCUUUGAUCAACUUAAAACACAAAUUGAAAACAUCGGGAAUCUGCAUAUCCAGCUAUCCGGAAUGUUACGGGAAGAGAUCAAGAAGAUGGAAAUAUUCAGAGAGCGACAGAAAGAACAGAGGAAAAAGUUUGAGGGGAUUAUGGAGAAAGUUCAGAAGAUGAAGGUGUCCUUAUACAAGAAGACCAUGGAGUCUAAGAAGUCCUAUGAGCAGAAAUGUAAAGAAGCAGACGAGGCAGAGCAGCUUGCUGACAGGAGCACCACAGCCACAACACCAAAACAGUCUGAGAAGGUACAACACAAGGCCAAGCAAUGCAGACAAGCCGUCACUGAAGCAGAGAAACAAUACAUGUUGAACGUAGAGCAGCUGGAGAGAGUUCGUCAGGACUGGGAGGGAACACACAAGAGCACAUGUGAGGUGUUUCAGCAGCAGGAGGUGGACCGCAUCACUAUCCUGAGGUGUGCCCUCUGGGACCACUGUAAUCACUUCUCUAUGCAAUGUGUCAAAGACGACGAGUUUUACGAGGAGGUGAGGAAUAUUCUGGAGACGUGUGACAUCACAGCAGAUAACAACUGUUUCAUAGAGAUGAAGACAACAGGUUCAAGUCCACCAGACCCCAUUGUGUUUGAGAACUACUAUGAGAGGGAGCCAUCGCCAACGGGCGACAACAACGUCAGCGCUCGCUUCGGAGGGGGAGGGGUCAGGAAAAGGUUCUCCAAUCUUCUGCCACGAAACUCUGGUUCAAAGAUGAGUAUCAGUGAGGGUUCAACUUCCGAGCCAGCGGCGCCACCUGUUGGUCAAACAGUGCCUGAGAGUUCAGAUGGAGUGUAUGCAGCCAUACCUGGCUUCCAGUCUGCAGCUGCAGCGGCCCUGCCUGCAGUGACAACCGAUGAGGAUGAUGAUACCUUCAUGGUGUUCUAUGACUACUCUGCACAGGACCCAGAGGAGCUGUCAGUGUCUAAAGGGGAUGUGGUGUUGGUGAUAGAACAGAGUGAAGACGGCUGGUGGACAGUGGAGAGAAACGGACAGGUUGGGCUGGUACCUGGCUCCUACCUGGCCAAAGUCUAGACAUAGUCACACACACAUUCAUGCAUGGACACACACACGCACGCGCACACACUCAUGCACACAGGUACACGGAUUCACACACACAUACUCAUGCACAAUCACCCAUACAUACUUUAGUCUUCAAAACCUUACUAUGCGGACCCCCUUUCUGCUUCUUACUCAGAUGUUCUGAUCCUUCGUUCAAGACUUCGGAGUAAUAGAUUCUCCAGCAGUAGAGAUGACUCACUGAACUGACUUGAAACAUGAGUCAUGACUGUGUGUUCCCCAUUAACUAUUAGGCUAUGCUGCAACAGAGAUUGUCAGUCUUUUCACCCAACAGGCAUACUACAUACAUAAGGUGCUGUGAAAAAGUAUUCGCCCCCUUUCAAAUUCUCUCUAAUUUUGCUAAUUUUUUAUACUGAAUUUUACAAGAUCUUCAACCAAAACCAAAUAUUAGAUAAAGGGAACCUGAGUGAAGAAAUAACACAACAAUUACAUACUUCUUUCAUAAACAAAGUUAUGCAACACCCAAUGCCCCUGUGUGAAAAAGUAAUUGCCCCCUUACACUCAAUAACUGGUUGUGCCACAUUUAGCUGCAAUGACUCCAACCAAAAGCUUUCUGUAGUUGCUGAUCAGUCUCACGUCGCUGUGGAGGAAUUUUGUCCCACUCUUCCAUGCAGAACUGCU